CUCUAUCAGUAGCGGGAUCUGAAUUUCUUUUUUUUGGGAAGGGAUCUUUAUCCGUGGUGUGUUCCACUCAGUCGAGGCUUUUUCCACUUAAUCACCGCUAAUUCACUUGAGCCAGCUAUUCCUAAUUCUCUUGUACCUUACCGUUUGCGCUCUAUAUCUUUACAUACAUAUCUGAUGGCGUCGGCGUUUAGCAAUAUUCAGCGUUUUUUCGGAAAAAAGUCGCCCGAUGAAUUGGUUCGCAAAUGGCGGCAAGAAAUACGUGCCCAACAGCGAAUAAUACAACGGCAAAUUCAUGCCAUUGACCUGGAAGAAGCCAAAGUUAAAAAGUCGAUCAAACAAGUGGCCAAAAAAGGCGAUGCCAAGAACUGUAAAAUAUUAGCCAAAGAACUGAUACGAUCCCAGCGACAUAAAGAUAGACUGUAUACCAGCAAAGCGCAAAUGAACUCUAUUGUCAUGCAACUCGAACAUCAACUUGCGACGUUGAAGGUGGCAGGCACUUUGCAAAAAAGUAGCGAAAUCAUGCAAAGCGUGAAUCAACUUGUUCGACUGCCGGAAGUGUCACAAGCAAUGCAACAAAUGUCUAUGGAGAUGACCAAAGCGGGCAUUAUGGAAGAAAUGAUUGAUGAUACCAUGGAGAUGAUGGAUGAUGACGAUAUUGAGGAAGCGGCGGAUGAAGAAGUCAGCAACGUUCUAUAUCAAAUCACAGAUGGCAUGCUGGGCGAAGCGGGUUCAGUUGGUCCAGCAUUGGAAAAGAAACCAGAAGUCGUUGUGGCAGAGGAGGAAGAAGAAGAAGAAGAAGGGCCGGAAUUGGAUAUGAUGCAAAAACGACUUCAGGCACUCAAAGGAUAAUCGAUGCAUGGUGAUCGUCUGAUAUAAUGAAAAAUGGGAGGAUGCCGAACCUUUUCUAUAUGUAACAGUUUUCUUUUGUUUGGGAACAAGUGUUUUUGGCCAAAUUCCACGCAUGCCGUGAUUUGUGAAACUAUUGUCAUUCAUUUUUUUUGGAAAAAAAUGAUUUGCCUCGGUCUUUGAUAUCCAAGGCCAAGAGAAUGGUAGCUAAAACCUGUAGUUGAGUAUGCAUCUUUGGUUCCCAAGAUAUCCGUUGCGAAAAGAUGCGUCUUUCUGCUUUUCUUCUUUUUCCAUCCAAAAACUGAUGAUGUGAUUAGAAGGAUUGAUAAAAAAAAAUGGCUGGCCAUAGGGAGAGAAAGCAGAAUCCGAACACCCAUAUGCAAAAAAUGCCAUAUGCUCAGUAAUAUCGUUUGCAACUUGAUAUAAGCAUUGCUGCAAGUACAGAUCAACAAAACUGACGUCAUGAGCUCGACGACAACGGCGAGACGCCAAGU